AUGUUGUACAUAUCAAAACUCUUCUUUAAAACUACACACUGCUCCAUUAAACAUGCAGUUUCAGCCACAUGGAUCCUUUUGGUCUCCUUGAGACAGUUUUAAUGCCGCCGUGUUUUAAGUUACUGCGUCCAGAGAAGGAAGACUGACGAGGACCUCGACUCUGAACACCAGCUCACUGUCAUCCUCUACCAGUCAGAUUGUUCUUCACAGCUCAAAGGACUUUUAACCCCUUCAUGUCUCAGCUGUGACUUCUGAUCUGGGAUCUGUGUGAGGUGGUGACUCUGCUGUACAGAGCAGCAACUGCUGGUCUGAGUCAUUAAAGCCGCCGUGACGUUAACAGUGAUUAUCUGUAAGAUCCUGUGUGAGUCGACCAUCAAACGCUCGCAGCCUCAGAGGCUCUUGGGGAGGUUUCCUCUUGUCUCGACAUGUUUUUUAAUCCUGUGAAGUUGUUUCUGUGAUUCUGCUGAGCAGCGAACGUGAUGAAAGCUUUUAUCUGCGGCAGGAAGUAACCUGGCUGCACUCGAUGAAUACUGAGCGAACAUCAGGAGGGAUUUCACUUCACAUCCGUUUGUAGGAGAGCUCAGCUUCAUGUGGCAGCAGAUCUCAGAGUGUUUGAAGAGGAAACGACCUGCAGACACGUGAGGCUGCUUAAUAACACCUGUGGGAUGCCGACUCAGCAGCUGAUCCUGGAGCAGUUACACUCUCACGACUCUGGUUGCUGCUGUAUUGAUGAUCAGCUGUGGAUCAAUGAGGAGCAGCAGGUGUUGCUGCAGGUGUGUCAGUCUGUGUCGUUCCCGCCUCUAACCGGAGUCCCGGGAACAAAACGGGCAUCACACACGUGCGCAGUGAGGCUCGCGCUGUCACCUCCACCACGCGCGCCUCCUACGUGCAGCGGCUCGUGAUGCUGCGCGCGGCAAAGUCCGCUUCACGUCAAGCGCGUGGCAGUGAGACCGGAAACCAGCCCGCGGUACCGUCAAAAUAAAAGCACAGAAUUAAAAAGUCGUCACUAAAGUCUGAAAAUGUUUAAUACUUUAUAAAUGUGACCGAAACAGAUGUGUUGAAGUGACAGAUGAAAACCUGAAUAAUAAAAACUAAUUUAUAGACAACAAAAUCCAAACCAAGUUGGUUAUUUUAUAACAGUUUAUAUUAAUCUUUGUCUUUUCUGUCAUCUGAUUAUAUUCAGAUUUAUGGAUAAUUUUGUUUCUUUUUAAGAACAAGUGAACAGAACCAGAGAACAUUAACCGUCCUGUAGAUGGUUUGGAUGUAAAAAUUAUGUUGGGAACGUUCCUUAAAGGUUCUCUGAAGGUUUGAGUACAGUUCACCUUUACAGAGAGUUCCUCCAUCGUUCUUUAAAGGUCACAAAAUCAGCUUUAAAGGUACCUUUUGGGAACAUUAAAUCACGUUCCUGUGAUGUUCCUUAAAGGUCACAAGCUAAGCUUUAGGGACCUUCAAGACAGUGUUCUCUCAAGGUUCCUUUAAGGUUCUCCAGAGGUUCCCUGCGUGCUGGAGUCUGGUCAGUCCCCGGCCUUUAUUUUGAAGGUGUCCUCCCGGAAGCCGUGUCGUCUCCAGCCCGUCCUGUUCGCCGCUCGGUUCGCUCGUGACGUCUCACCGGUGAAACACACCGACGGGUCGACCGACUGACCGCUGCCGUGUCUCUCCUCCGCCGGAGCUCACAGCGGCAUCUCGGCGUCACGGACCCGGACUGGUCGCCUCUCUCCGGGCUGACGGGCCGCUCAGCGCGGACAGGACACGGAACCGGUCCAGCUGCUCCGCAGGGUGAUGGAUUUAAGUCCGGUACCGACUGACGGACAGGGAGCCCAGCGGACUCGGCGGAGGGGCAGCGGGGACUUGUGAACGUCACGUUGCAGGUCGGACGGUUCUGGCGGUGAAUCUGUUGAAUUUUAAUCUUUUCCCACAAUGUCACCAUCAAGGAGACGCGGCGGAACCACCGGCUCCGCUCCCGGUGCCCGCUGACCGGCUGCCCGCGGACCGGCUGCCUCCUCACGGCUUCAGCUAACGUUAGCUCCGGGAUGAGCGGAGCCGGACCUGCCUGUCACAUCUGACCGGGGUUCGGGGGGCUGGUGGCGGGGAGCCGCCGGGGACACGUUCGGAUUGUUGGAUGAGAACCGGUCACCGGGCCGGAUUCCGAGCGGAGGGACGCCGGCCGGAGCGGAGGAGGAGGAGGAGGGAGGAGCAGCAGCAGCUGCGGGGAACCGAACUGACAACCUCCUCCCCGGGGGGAGAGCAGCAGCGCGGCGGCCACAGGACGAUGUGAAGAUGGGGUCAGUGUUCGGGCUGCUGUGGCUGUUCACCGGCUUCCUGCAGGGCGCGCACGGACAGGGCGUGUACGCGCCUCCUACUGUGCGGAUCGUGCACUCGGGUCAGACCUGCAACGUGGAGGAGGAGCGCUACAGUGAGCGAGUCUACACCAUCAGAGAGGGAGAGACUCUGGAGCUGCAGUGUCUGGUGACAGGACACCCCCGACCACAGGUUCGCUGGACUAAGACGGCGGGCGGCGCCUCGGACCGUCAGGGCGACUCAACUCUGCACAACGAAACUCUGAAGAUCGAAAACAUCAACCGUCACCAGGGGGGGCGCUACUACUGCAAGGCUGAGAACGGACUGGGAUCCCCCGCCAUCCGCUCCAUCCGGGUCGACGUCUACUACCUGGACGACCCGGUGAUCACGGUGCAUCAGAGUGUGGGAGAGGCGAAGGAGCAGUUCUACUUUGAGAGGACGGUGUUUCUUCGCUGCGUCGCCAACUCCAACCCACCUGUUCACUACACCUGGAGGAGAGGGCGGGAGGCGCUGUCGCAAGGCUCCGACUCCGGGGUGGAGAUCUACGAGCCCUUUUUCACACAGGGUGAGACAAAGAUCUUGAAGUUGAAGAAUCUCCGUCCUCAGGAUUACGCUGAAUACACCUGCAUCGCCUCCGUCAGGAACGUCUGCGGCAUCGGAGACAAGAGCGCACACUUCAACCUGAACAACAGGACAGCUCCGCCCUCCAUUAAGCUCCUCCUGGACGACCCCCUGGUGGUGAACCCGGGCGAGGCCAUCACUCUGGCCUGCGUGGCGUCGGGCGGAGACCCUCCUCCCACUCUGACCUGGAUGAGGCCGGGAGGGGAGGAGCUCCCGAAGAGGAGCGUCGUCAAUGGCGGCACGCUGACCGUCCCCACUGUCACAGUGGAAGACGGCGGCGCCUACAGCUGCAUGGCGUCCAACAACGUGGGCAAUCCUGCCAAGAAAACCACCAACAUCCUGGUCAGAGGCCUUCGUAAAGGUCGUUUCUGGAUCACACCCGACCCGUACCACAACGACGACAACAUCCAGAUCGGCCGGGAGGUGAAGAUCAGCUGCCAGGUGGAGGCCACGCCCCCCGAGGAGCUGCAGUUCAGCUGGCUGAAGAACGGCCGGCCGCUGAGGAGCUCGGAGCGGAUGGUCAUCACCCACACCGACACCGAGGUGUCGCCGGGAACCACCAACCUCGACAUCAUCGACCUCAAGUUCACCGACUUCGGCACUUACACCUGCGUGGCCUCGCUGAGGAACGGAGGAAGUCCCGAGAUCAGCAUCGACGUCAACAUCUCAUCCACCACAGUUCCUCCGGAGCUGACCGUCCCCAGGGGGCGCUCUCACCUCAUCACUCAGGAGGGCGACACUGUGGACCUGCAGUGUCUGGUCUCAGGGAAACCCAAACCCAUCAUCCUGUGGUCGCGGGUGGAGGAGAGUGGGUCGGCGGCCGCAGCACCGUUACUGAUGUCGGAUGGCUCGGCAGAGAUGGAGAGCUACGACGGCGUCCUGAGGAUCAACAACGUGACGAGAGAGAUGAGCGGGACGUACCGCUGCCAGACGAGCCAGUACAACGGCUUCAACGUGAAACCCAGAGAGGCGCUGAUCCAGCUGGUGGUGCAGUUCCCUCCCGUCGUGGAGCCGGUGUACACGGAGAUCCGUCAGGCUCUCGGCCGGGCGUUCAGCCUCACCUGCCGCCUGCUGCAAGCUCACCCCGCCCGCCUCCUCAGGUACGAGUGGAAGCUGGGGUCCCGCCUCCUCACCGUCGGACAGUUCAGCGACCAGCGCGAUGACACCAACUACCUGGUCAGAGCUCUGAACAGAGAGGGCUAUGGCGAGUACACCUGUGACAUCACCAACGAGGCCGGGGCAGGGCGCUGCACCUUCCUGGUCACAGGGAAGGCGUAUGCUCCGGAGUUUUACUACGACACCUACAGCGCUUUGUGGCAGAACCGACCUCGAGUCUACGGCUUCAAGCUGCAGUGGACUCAGAUGGAGCCCAACGCCGUGGACCGGAUUCUGGCCUACAGGCUCGGGAUCAGACAGAUGGGUCAGACCCGCUGGUGGGAGCAGGAGAUCCCCAUGGAGGGAAACAUCCAGAAGGGGGAGCUGCUGACCUACAACCUGACCGAACUCAUCAAACCCGAGUCCUACCUGGUCCGCCUCACCCCCAUCACCCGCUACGGAGAGGGCGACGCCACUGAACGCAUCAUCACGUACAGCGCUCCUGUCAAUCCACAUCUCAGGGAGUUCCAGUGUGGUUUCGAGGACGAGGCGAUGUGUUUGUUCUCUCAGGACAAAUCAGACGAGUUUGACUGGACGCGUCACAGCGCCGCCACACGAGACACCAAAUACACCCCCAACACCGGGCCGAGCUCGGACCACACCGGCUCCAAGAAGGGUUUCUACAUGUACAUCGAGACGUCGAGGCCGAGACUGGACGGAGACAAGGCCCGGCUGCUGUCUCCAACCUUCAACAUGAACUCCAAGAGCUCGUCCUCGUCCUCCUCCGUCACCAACAGCCCCAUUUACUGCUUCGCCUUCUACUACCACAUGUACGGGAAGCACAUAGGAGCUCUCAACGUGUACCUGCGUCAGAAAGGUCCGGCGGUGACGGACACCUCGGUCUGGAGUCUGACCGGUAACCAAGGAGACCGCUGGCGACAAGCCAAGGUCAACAUCCACCCAACCACAGCCUUCCAGGUGGUGAUGGAGGGCGUCCGCGGCGCUGGUAUUGAGGGAGAUAUCGCCAUCGAUGAUGUCACCAUCGAGGAGGGCGAAUGUAAAGAUCCUCCUCCCAACAAUCUAAGGUCACUCGCCCCGCCCUCAUCGCCUCAUAUAUGGCAGCUGUGCGUCACUCUGAGUCUGGCUCUGAUUGGCCAGCGGAGGUGACCCCCCCUCCCUACAGGACGCCACAUCCUUUGACUCUUUGGCCCCUCCUCUCCUCCAUCUUAUCCAUCUCCCCGUCCCAACUACCAAAGAUAAGGUCAGAACUACUUCCUGCCAAGAUGGCUGACACUAGCGGUCAGAAGACGCCACAGAGAGGAGGUGAUGAGAGGACAGUGGAGGUUCAGUUCUAGUUUGACGGUGCUGUGUCAGGUGGGCGGGGCCUCCUCUGUAGUGUGCGGCGUCACUGGAUGCACGUAGAGUUUUGUCGUGGCGCGUUUGGAAGCAGCUGCUUGUCAUCGCGUGUCUCCGGUGAAUCAUUUUGACAGUUUGGUUUCAGCUUGGCGCCAUCAAGCACAAAAAGGCGCCUCAGUAAGAAAUGGGAGAGGAAAUGAAAGCGUGAAUGUCUCCAUCCCUGACCUCCAUCGCCCGCCAUCCCCCCUCCCAGCCCCCCCACCUCCACGGAUCAACAGUACUGUACCGCGAGCUGGACGGACAAAUGGCAGUCUCUCUGUUUUUUGGGGGGAAGGUAACUUUUUACAGCGGGCGGACUGACAGAGUUUUUAAAAAAUACUUUCAGAUCUUAUUUUGACAUCUGUCUGUCUGCGGAGAGUUCACCCUCUGCCAUGACAUCAAGUGCCUUCAGACUCACGGAGGAAGAGGUUGCCGCACCGAGGACCGCCGUCGUCACGGAAACGGGUGUGACAUCAUCACGGAGGAGAUAACCAACGAACAGAAACAUCUUCUGGUCUGAUUAUGCAGAGAAUCAGUUUCUUACAGAGUUCUUCUUUUUUAUGAUCACAAGAGGAUUCUGGGAAAAAGGAAGCCAUGUUGGAUGGACAGGAAGUAGACUCUGGAUACAGACAGGAAGCUCUUUGACUUAUUUAACAUUGAAAAGAACAACAAGCAAUCAUAAUUCUGAGGACCUGUGAGUGGAUAUUUCAAAAUAAAAGACUUCCUGUUGGACAUUUUCAGCCUAAGCCAAUGGGAUUCGAGCAUUUGGUCUCUCAGAAUUAUUUUAGUAUUUCAAAAUAAGAGUUUUCAGAAGGCUGCAUAGACUUUGAUGCUACCUGAGACCAUCGGUUACCUUAAACUACAAAAACAGCCGGAGCUUUUGAAAAGGAGGAUGAUGUGUUAUGUAAAAUCCAAUCUUCUAUUGUUCCUAUAAUAAUAUAAAGACGGGAGUUUGUUUCAUUGUUUUCACCGGGCGGAUCUUCAGUUCAGAUUUUAUUACUUUGUUUUGUUUUUAAUCCAAACAGACGAGAAAAUCCUGCCGUCAUGUUCGAGUCGAGAAACAUUUCUACUGAGAACAAAACUCAUUUUACAAAAGCACAAACAGUCAGCCGACAUGUGAACAACACACCUGAAUACACCUGACGAACCUGAACACACCUGAACACACAGGAACACACCAGAAUGCACCUGAACGCACCAGAAUGCACCUGACGAACCUGAACAACAUCUGAACACACCUGAACACACCCAAACACACCUGAACACACCCGAC